AUGUACGGAUCGGAGUGUGUGGUCAUGAGUGAUAUUAUCCGUCUUCCUUCCGAUGCAACUGAUGUUUGUGAGUUAUGCUUCUUUUUGCUUUUCAUUCUGUAGUCUGGUAAAUACAUGACGAUUUUAUUACAACUUAUUCACUUCUAAUAAUGUCUAAUAAUGUUGCAAUUAGAUUCGAUCGGUUUCUAGUUAUAUUGAAAACGAGUUUAAAUAUUUCAGCCGACUACUACUAUUUGGACAUUCUGAAUCCGUCAACAAUAGAGGAGCUCGUCGUGAACAGAGGCAUAGAUACAAUUGUUCAUUUCUCUGCUUUACUGUCAGCUGUUGGUGAAGCCAAUGUUCCCCUUGCCAUCCAAGUCAACUGCCGCGGAGUGGAAAACGUUCUCCAGAUUGCUCUGUGAGUGGUUUUUUGUGAUCGCCGGACUUCAGACUUGAAUCUCUGGAAACUGGAGACCGUGGGGGAGUAAAUGAUCUAGUAGUCAAAAAAUAUUCGACUCACUGCUAAGUGUUCUAAUAUGAGCCAGUUCCCAAAAAACCGGAUGAGAGACCAUGCCUUUAGUAUUUGAAAAGCUUCACGUUCCAAAGUUUUGCAGGAAACACAAUCUGAAAGUGUUUAUUCCAUCUACAAUAGGCGCGUUUGGCCCGACGACACCGAGGGAAAAUACUCCCGAUAUUACAGUACAAUGUCCUACAACUAUUUAUGGUGUUAGCAAAGUGAGUAUACACUUUAUUUUUCCUAUAUAUAUUUUUAUUUUCCUACCGCAAUCCUAGGUUUUGACCGGAAACUUAUGGAGAAUGCCUCGCUCGGUCCAUUUCUAAUCGGCCCAUUUAAUCGGUCCAUUUAUUUUUAUUUUUAAUUUUUUUCUAAUCGGCCCAUUUAUGAAUUUAGUUCGAUUUCUGAAUCUAACGGGCCUGAUGUUUCAGGUAUACGCUGAACGACUAGGAGAAUAUUACUAUCACCGAUUCGGCUUGGAUUUCAGAAGCAUGAGGUUCCCUGGAAUUAUUAGUGCUACGAAACCAGGCGGAGGAACAACUGGUUUACUAUUUUUCUUAUUUUUGCCGAGGUAUGAACUGCGCAUUACAGACUAUGCUAUACAAAUAUUCUACGAUGCUUUACAAUCAGGCAAACACGUCUGCUAUUUGAGACCGGAUACUCGGUUGCCAAUGUUGUACGAUACGGACUGUAUGGCUUCCAUAAUUCAACUACUUUCUGCGGAUUCCAAAACACUUAAGAGAAGAACCUAUAAUGUGACUGGUUUCUCGUUCACUCCGGCCGAAAUGGCUGAUGCAAUCCGACGAGUGAUUCCAAACUUCGAGAUCGCCUACAAUAUCUGUCCUACUAGACAAGCUAUCGGUUCGUUUUAUGACUUUCCAUGGCAAAAUUUGAGCGUCCAGUAACUUUUGCUCAGACUUCGGGUCCUGGCAAUCGCGCACUACCGCUCUCCACGUGAAUUCAGUGCCGCGGCCGAGAUUUCACGUGAGAUUGCGGUAGAACGAUAUUGCCAGAACUUUAGCAAAACUUCAGCUUUACUCUUCCAGCUGAUUCAUGGCCGUGUUCAUUGGAUGACAGUGGAGCACGAAUCGACUGGGGAUGGAAUUCAGAAUACGGACUAGACGAGACAGUUCAAAUUAUGUUCGCCCUACUACGAAGAGAGGAAAAUAACGUCACGAAAGUUGUAACAACUGCAUAA